GGCUCAACCAGCCCAAGGGCUCAACGAAAGCGCCGCCCGCCGCCGCGUCAUCUCUUCUCUUCUGUUAAACCCCCUCCGCCACCGUCGCUGCCGCCGCCGCCGCCUCCGGAGCCCGAGACGAUGUCGCGCCUCGGCCGCUACGGCCCACCGGCGGUCCGCGACUCCUACUCCCUCCUCGUCCUCAACGUCUCCUUCCGCACGACGGCCGACGACCUCCUCGCGCUCUUCGACCGCUGCGGCGAGGUCCUCGACAUCCGCAUCCCCCGCGACCGCAGGACUGGGGAUUCGAGAGGGUUCGCGUUCGUGAGGUACAAGUACGAGGACGAGGCGCAGAAGGCCGUCGAUAAGCUCGACGGUGAGUCUAAGGAAAAAUAUAUAUAUUUUGUACUAUGUUUGGUUUACCGAGAUAAUUCUCAUACUAGUGUGUUUCACCGUGAAAUUUUCCUCUUUUUUAUUUCGGGUACAGGGAGGACGGUGGAUGGGAGGGAUAUCAUGGUGCAGUUCGCCAAGUACGGCCCAAAUGCUGAAAGAAUUCAUAAGGGGAGGAUUGUAGAAGAGAUUUCGAAGCCAAGAGGCCGAUCCAGAAGUCCUAGUCCAAAACGGAGGUAUCGUGCUGACUACCGAGACAGGGGCUACCGUGAUGACUAUCGGGACAGACACUAUCGUGAUGACUAUCAGGACAGGGAGUAUAGGAGAAGCCGAAGCAUAGAGAGGUAUGAACGUGAGAGGUAUCAAGAAAAAGGCUAUCGUCGCAGGAGCCGGAGCAUUAGCCCUGAUUAUGACAGGAGGCAUCGCAAGAAUGGCAGGCCCAGGGAUGAACGUUCUCCACGCUCUCGAAGCCCUUUGACCUAGCUGAAUGCCCUACACAAUAUAUCAUAGAUAGCUUGAGGAUGAAUAGACCGGAGCCUUGUCUGCUUGCUUAGGACGAAUACUGAUAAUGGUGUAGUGUUCAACAUGGCUGCAUUUGAGCAUCCAAGGCUGCUUCCUUGUUAACAAGACAGCACCUUUUGAGAACAAUGUAGAUUUCUGUUAUUUUUUGUAUCUACUUUAUUUCUUAUAUCCAUGUCAGUGCUAUUUUUUCCCUCAAUUGAGUGCUUAUUAUAGACUGUAAUUUGCAUGAUGGAGCGAAGAGGUGUUGGUUGAUAAUUGCUCCGUAUGCAAGUUGCUGUCAUGAUCUUGCGGUUGACGGACCAUGUUGAUGCUAAACACCUUGAUGAUGAUUUUGGUGAUUCUGAGGCUGAUAAUUUUGCUGCCCGAUUUCAUCCUUUCCUGUAUGGGUUUUGCAAAGUA